GGGGGGGGCGGUAAUGCGACACCGGCUUGACGUUGUUCAACAGUACGAAGAAGACGGAAACGCUCCGGUUGGGAAGGAGGACCGGAGCGACGCUGACAGUCCACCGACCUCUCUGUGGCGAGCUGUUUGUCGUCGGACGCGGGCUUUGCGGGUCUGUCGCUGGUUAAUCAUUCUUUUCCCAGCAGCCGAACGAACCAGGCAUUAACGUUAGAGAACGACAGCAGCCGAUAACUCUCGCGGACAGAAAUGGCGGACGAUGAAAUAGACUACAAUAUCGUCUUUCCAGAUGCGGGGACAUCGGAGAGACACUGGCGGGGGACAAAGGAGCCAGUUGUGAUACUGUUGGGCUGGGCUGGCUGCAAAGACAAGCACCUCGCCAAGUACAGCUCCAUCUACAAUGAACAGGGAUGUGUCACCAUCCGCUACACAGCUCCCUUGAAGACCGUCUUCAUCUCCGAGUCCUUUGGCUACAAGGAGCUGAGCAGUACAGCCCUGAAGCUGCUGGAGAUCCUCUAUGACUAUGAGGUGGAGAACAGUCCUGUUUUCUUUCACGUAUUCAGCAAUGGUGGCUUCAUGCUGUACCGCUACAUUGUAGAGUUGUUGCACGGUGACAAACAGUUCAGCUCCCUGUGUGUGAUCGGGGCUAUGGUGGACAGCGCCCCGGGUAGUGGGAAUGUACGAGGGGCCCUGCGUGCACUGACGGCCACCUUAGGGCCCAAAAUAAGUCCUUUUUUAAGGUACGUCCUCUUAGCGCUUUUUGCAGUGACUGUUUUCCUGUUGCGAGUUGUGCUGUACCCCUUGACCAAGUACAUCCACAAGAACCACUAUGACGCUUUGCGGGAGAGGCCGCCCGCCUGGCCUCAUUACUACCUGUACUCCAAAGCUGACCAAGUGAUCAGGCACAGGGACAUCGAGCUCUUCGUGGCGACCCUGAAGCAGAAAGGCGUCCCUGUGGACAGUUUUGACUUUGUUUCCACGCCCCAUGUCGGUCAUUUCCGAGAUUUUCCGGAGCAGUAUGCUCUUAAGUGUCGCGAUUUCCUGGUCGCUUGCAUGAAGGACUUACAAGAGACUGAGGUGAAGAAGAGACACUGGGUUCAGAAUCAGUGACACUUGGAGAGACCCUCUCAGGAUUUUGCCAACCAUCUGUUAAAUAGCCUUUUCCCAGAGUUUGAAGCAAGGUGAAGCAAUCAGACUACUUAAAUCUUUUCUCAGUGGUCUGAAAAAUCUGCUAGAAAUGAGAGAAAUUUGGGCAAGACAGGUGGAAAUUGCGCUGAACUCGUGUAAGAUCCCGGGCGAUUCUUCUCCAUCCUGGUGCACAUAAGGGGAAGGUUCCACAGAUGUGGGCUCAGUCUGGUUUGCUUAAUCCAUAUCUGGAAGGCCAGCCAUAUGAAACACUGUAACUCACAUGUCCUUGGCACUCAACAGUCAUGCACCACGUGUAAAAAUAACAGUACAAGCAAUUACUAUACACUGGAAAGUUGGGACUCAAACCCUUUAGGAUGAUUUAAACGGUAUUUAAUAUUGCUGUGAAAUAUGAUGAAUUGUAGACUAGUAGUAGUGAUUCUAGCAAGAUAAGACUGGUUAUAGGAAAAUAAUAAUUGUGUCCUCUAUUUAUAAAAUUAAAAUGUAUUUAUGGUUUUAAUCAUUAAAACGGUAUCGCAAGGGUGCUUACAGUGAAGGCGACUGUUAAACAUUGAAACAUUUAAUCACUUAAUAUUUUCUUUGAAUAAAAAAGGUAUCUAAGUUGUUGCCUUAAACAGUAAGUGCAAUCUGAUGUAUUGUUUUGGUCCAGAAAUUGUAGAAUAACCAGCCCUAAUACGUGAUACGAAACGGAUUUUAGUUCAAGGAAAAACGUGAUUGACGAUGAAUGUAUAUGUGCAGCACAACCUGUGUGUAAUUUUCUACUCAUGUGCCUUCAAUAAAUCAGACUGCUCAUAGA